AUACAUAUACAUAUACAUAUAUACAUAUAUGUGUCUAUAUAUAUUAUCAAAACCAUCUGAUGUAAACAGAUAACAACUGACAAAAAACUAUUAAAAGACUAAAAUUGCUAUGAAUUAUGAAUUUGAUAAAAGUAUUUUUGGAGCUUAAGUACGUCACAGUAAAGCCAGUAUACAUACAUUUUUAUUGUGAUGGGUAUUUUCUUAUUCAUAUAUACAAACAAACAGUUUUAUUCUGAAAACCGGAAAUAUGGCGACUCGAUUUCUUCUAAUGAAUGAUUUAACCACGGCUCGUCUGACCGUUGCACCUUCGGUCGCGACAUCGACAACCAUGAUGUUUGAAGAUCUUCCCUCCUCCACUUCACUCUUCCUGUUUGGGACCACUGUGGCUCUGCUGGUCCUCCAUGUUCUUCACUUCAGAGUCGACACCAAAGGAAACCGGAGGGAGCCUCCAGGACCUAAACCUCUUCCCCUGCUUGGUAACCUGCUUCAGGUGGAUCUAAAGAGACUGGACGCCUCUCUUUUUGAUCUGGCUAAAAAAUAUGGACCAGUAUUUACAGUAUACCUGGGACCUAAGAAGGUGGUGGUCCUGGCAGGAUACAAGACAGUCAAAACAGCUCUGGUCAACUAUGCAGAGGAGUUUGGAGACAGAGAAGUCAUGCCUGUAUUUUACGAUUUUAACAAAGGACACGGCAUCCUGUUUACCAAUGGCGACAUAUGGAAAGAGAUGAGGCGUUUUGCUCUGAGCACACUGAGAGACUUCGGAAUGGGAAGAAGAACUAGUGAAGAAGCAAUUAUAGAGGAAUGUCACCAUCUGGUUGAAGAAUUUGAACAACAUAAAGGUGAAGCCUUCAACAACAGGAGGACUGUUUCUUAUGCAUCUUCAAAUGUUAUAUCCGCUCUCAUGUUUGGGAAGAGGUUUGACUACAAAGAUCCUGAAAUCCAUUCCCUAUUGGAACGGGAUACUGAGUCCAUUCGUCUAACAGGAUCAGCUUCCAUUCUGAUAUACAAUGCAUUCCCUUGGCUGGGCCCUUGUCUUAAAAACUGGAGAGCUUUGAUGAAGAAUGUAGAAGACAGCGUUGCAGAAACAAAGAGGAUAAUAGCAGACCUGAAGGAGACCCUGAACCCUGACAUGUGCAGAUGCUUUAUUGAUGUUUUCCUGAGUCGAAAGCAACGUCUGGAGGAGUCUGGAAUCAAGGACUCGCACUUCCACGAUGACAACCUGCUCUAUAGUGUAGCAAAUCUGUUUGCAGCUGGAAGUGAUACCAUAGCGAUAUCUCUGCAUUGGAGCCUACUUUUAAUGGCAAAGUACCCUCUUAUUCAAGACAAAGUCCACGAGGAGCUGAGAAGGGUGGUUGGAAGUCGUCAGAUUAGAGUGACGGACAGGAAGGACUUGCCAUACACCGAUGCUGUCAUCCAUGAGACACAGCGACUGGCCAACAUUGUGCCCAUGGCCAUUCCUCACAAAACCAGCAGAGAUGUCACUUUCCAGGGCUGCUUUAUCGAAAAAGGAACUACCGUGUUUCCUCUUCUAACCUCUGUCCUGUAUGAUGAGAGUCGAUGGGAGAGCCCACAUACUUUCAACCCCUCACACUUCUUAGAUAAGGAGGGCAGAUUUGUAAAGAGAGAUGCCUUCAUGCCAUUCUCUGCGGGUCGCAGAGUGUGCCUUGGAGAAAGUCUGGCCAGGAUGGAGCUCUUCCUCUUCUUCACCUCUCUACUUCAGCACUUUCGUUUCACGCCUCCGCCUGGAGUCACAGAGGACGAACUAAGUCUCACACCUUUUGUGGGCUUCACCCUCAGCCCUUUACCUCAUGAGCUGUGUGCUGUCAGUCGCCAAUGAGAAAGACGGCUUGGUCUGGCACUACAAAGGCAGUUCAUCAGUUCAUCAUACCCAGCAAAUGACUUUAUUAUCUGGCUUCACCAAAGCCUAAUACUAUGUUUGAUGUUGUGACUGUGUGUAAUCAAGCACACUGGUUGUCUUUGUGAUAACUUGUGCUGUAUAAAUAAACUAUCCUUGCCAUAA